AUGAAUAGUAAUAACCAUUUCUUUAGUAGUAAUAAUAAUAACUUGGCUAAAUCAGCUGAGAUACCUGUUUCUGAUUAUUCAUUCAAUCAGAUUCACGAAAAUGAUGAAGCAAACAUUGUCAUUUUAAAUGAACCUUCACUUGCACAAUGGAUGGGAUCUAUUCAUCCAAAUGGUUCGCUAUACGAAGAACCACUCGAUCUUUCAAAGGCACAAGAGGAACACAGAAAAUUCAGAAAGUUGCUCGAAGACGAAGGAUGUACUGUUAAGACUGUUAGAGAGAUUCUUACUUCUGAAACAGGUGACAUUGCAAAAAGAGUAAGAUUAGAAGAGUUUGCUUUCAAAUGUAUCAAAUACGAGUUGGAUACCAAUCAAAAGAAAGAGGAAUUGGGUGCAAAAGAUCAAUUGUUACUCUCUGACGACUACAAACGUAAAUGUAUUGACUCUAUGAGUGUUGAGCAAUUGGUAGAGGUAAUCCUUACAAGACCAACCAUUAAAUUAAGAAAAUCCGAAAGAGAUACAGAGCUAUUGGCAACUGAAUAUUCAUUCCAUCCAUUGGUAAAUUUAGUUUUCCAAAGAGAUCAACAAAUUACUACGGCAAAGGGAAUUGUUAUGGCGAGUUUGAGUUCACCUAUUCGUGCACCAGAGGUAGAGUUGAUGCGUUUGUGCUUUGAUAUUCUGGGAUUGCCGGUGGUCGGUGAGAUUCCAGCGCCUGGAAAGUUGGAGGGUGGUGAUUUCUAUCCAUCGGGAUCGGAUCUUUGUUUUAUUGGUGUUGGAUUGCGUUCGAAUUUCGCAGCGGUCGACUAUCUCAUGCGAAACGACUUGUUUGGAACGAACCGUGUCGCCGUCGUCAAAGACUACUUUGAUUUGCAUCAGCAGCGUAUGCAUUUGGAUACCGUUUGCAACAUUAUCAAUGAGCGAACCAUGUUGAUUCUCGAAGAUAUCUGUGGAGAGGAGUCACCGAUUCGUCGUUUGGUCGACGAGUAUCGUCGCGAUCCCGCAACCGGUCGCUACGAGUUGGUGCGUCACGACAUUGAGUUCUCAAAAAUCGGUAGUGAGUUGGUGAAUGCGUCGGUUAUCCGUGAGACAAGAACCAAAGUGUUGCACGACUACUCUGCAUUGCACCGUGAGCUGAGGAAGCACAAUGUCGAUGUACAUCUGUUCUGUCACGAACCACAUCACAACACCGAUCAAGCUGUGUUUGUAUCGGAGUGGUUCUCUACUCACUCGGCUGAGGAGGUCGGCGAGAAGACACUCGUACUCUACCCAAUGGCGGAUCCAUCGCGUCGUGACGAGAGAAGAACCGAUAUUCUCUCGAAUGGAUUCUCUGGAUACACAAGAGUGGUCGAUUUCACAGGAAUGGAGAACGGUGCUUCCACUUAUCGACUUACCACCAUUGCCGAGUUGGUAGGUGAUUCCAACAAUGACACGCAGCUGAAGUCGCCAACCUUGGGAUUGUCAAUCAGUCAAGCCGCUAGAGAAGGACAGUACUUGGAUUUCGCAGGAUUGGUAUUGGAUCGUGUCAACAAGGUUGUCUAUUGCGCCGUCGAUGAGGAGCGCUAUCAUAGCAACGUCAUUGAGCAGUGGGCAAAGGUGAUGAAAUACACACUCGUCAAGGUCAAGUCACAAGGUUACUCUGCGAGUAUGUUCCUUUUCAUUGGAUCGUCGAUUGUCUUGUUUUGUCGUGAUGCGCUAUCUGCCGAAGAUGCUGCACUCGUCGAGAAACAACUCGGUAACAGCAGACCGAUUCUCUAUCUCACCAAACAACAAAUGGAAAACAGUUGUUCCAAGGUAAUUGAGAUCGGUGGAUGCGACAAACCCGCACUUAUCAUCAGUCAAGCAUGCUUCAAUCAACUCGAUACCAAACAGAUCGAGCUAUUGAACAACACCUAUGAAAUCAAUCAAAUCGAUAUGUCAUCGAUUGAAUCUCUAGGUGGUACAGGUAUUCAUGGUAUGGUUGGUGGUUUAUUCUAA